GUUCGAGCAUCAUUUCCUCGCGAGCAACCCUUUCCACCACCGCCGCCGCCGCCGACUCUCCUCUUCGAACCGGGACGUGAGCUUUGCAUGCCGUGCUCUUCCGCAGCUGCGUGCGCAUCCAGCUCCCAUCUUCCUUUCCCCCCUGUUCCUCGAAUCGCAGCACGGAAACCCACCACCAGCUGCCAACAUGUCGAUGUGGCUAUCAGACUCCCAAAGUACGUCCCGCCCACGACACGACCUCUCCCGCGAGAGUGCGCGCGCCGUCGCGAGCCUGGCGCGAGGCAGGUCAUCGUGGUCGCCGCAACGCUGCGCAAAAAGCUGGCACGCAUGCUGACACCAAAUGCUUUUGUUCUUGUUUGCAGAAAUCGGGGUGGUCUUCUGCUCUGGCGGUAGGCACGCGCCCGCAUUAUAACCCUGCCCGCUGCUGCAGCGCGGACGCUGACUAUCCCGCUUUCUGCCCUCCCCCCUUUCAGGAGGACUGUUCCUCAUCGGAGGAGUGAUGCUCUUCUUUGAUCGAGCCAUGCUCGCCAUGGGCAACGUACGACCCCCCCUUUCCCCUUUCGCGCAACCGCAGUCGCCCGCCGCCGAAUCGCAAGUACUAACACGCAGGUUCUUCUUUCUUUCUCGGCAGAUCCUCUUCCUCAUCGGCCUCACCAUCAUCAUCGGCCCGCAAAAGACGCUCCUCUUCUUCGCGCGAAAGCAAAAGGCCAGGGGCACCGCCGCCUUCUUCGUUGGCCUGGCGCUGAUCCUCCUGCGGUGGACCUUUAUCGGCUUCCUCGUCGAGGCGUACGGCAUCGUGGUGCUCUUUGGCGACUUCCUCGGCACCAUAGCCGGCUUCGCGCGCGGCCUGCCCGUCGUGGGCCCCUACAUUGGCAUGAUUGUCGACAAGGUCGGGCUGGGUCGCAGGAACGCCGAGCUGCCCGUAUAAAGCCCAACGUGGGCAAGGGGAGACCGAGAGAUGUUUUCCCCUCCUCACCCCAUCGGACCGCAACGAGAUUUUUUUUUUUCAUUCUUCUUAUUUUGUUACGAAAGGCAUGACGGCGCGCCUCGCCUCGCUUCGGAUUGUGCACGAGCGAAGCGAAGGGGGGCGGACUGAGCUGGCGCAACGCGACGACGACGCAUAAUCCGCAGCUUUGUGGGAACGAGUACGAAAAGGAAAGAAAGACGGGCCCGAGCAUAGAGGAAGCGGAUCCGGCGUUUACUGGGACGUGUACUGGCGCAAUGAAUGAAAGGGAGUUCGGCCCCCAUCAUGUACAACAAAUGUAAAACGAGCCAGCUUGAAGCUGUGUGGUUGCCGUUGCCCAGAAUGGCAGGUAUCUGAUGCUGUACCCAUAUCGAAUGUUCUAGUGGCAACACCCCUCCUCCAUGAU